CUUCCUUCCUUCUGUGCAAAGGUACUCAUCUGAAAAAAGAGAACAAAGUGAUUCUUCCUGUUCUGUGUCUUAAGUCACUUCAAAUGCUGUUUGAGCGGGUCAUUGUGAUGAGCGCAGGGCAUGCGACAGGCAGGUUAUGGGCAAAUCCACAACUGAAGCUCUAUGAAGCAAACCAAUGAUCUGAGAAACUCUAAUGUGUAGGAACCAAAGAACUUCAAUAUGGAUUUAAAAGACAAUGAUGGCAAACAGGCAGAUGAUUGCACCACCAGAACCGUUGACCUCUCUCUUCUUCCAUACCCUCUCCCUCAUCCCAACCUGCCUCAACCCCACCGAUAUGCCCCUGGCAUGAUUGACCUCAACAGACUGCGACUGCAUCGUGUUAUUGGGCGGUAUGAUGGCAUAAAGGUAAAACAGGAGAUGGUAAAGCCGCUGCCGCUGUGGCCCGCAUCCCCUCUGCUCGUGCACUCUCCAUCACCGUACUUUUCCCCAUUCCAUCCAAGUUUAGUUCCGUUCCCCUUCCUCCUGCCCGGCUCCAUCCCGCAUCUCUCCCCGAACACUUUCUACCAGAGCGAGGCAUUUUGGUAUCGCCGCAGAGGUCAAGAGGGCAGCAAAUCCACUCUGACCAAUGCUGAAAAACCUGGGUUGAGUGUCCACGUCGACGACAGCUACUAUGUCGAUGUAGGCCACAAUCAAAAGCGCUGGAAGUGCCGCAUGUGCGAGAAAUCGUACACCUCCAAAUACAACCUGAUCACGCACAUCCUGGGCCACAGCGGCAUCAAACCACACGGCUGCACCGUCUGCGGGAAGCUCUUCAAACAGCUGAGUCACCUGCACACGCACAUGCUCACUCAUCAGGGCGCGAGGCCGCAUAAAUGCCAGGUGUGUCAUAAAGCGUUUACACAGACCAGCCACCUGAAGAGACACAUGAUGCAGCACAGCGACAUCAAACCCUACAGCUGCAACGUCUGUGCACGCGGUUUUGCGUACCCCAGCGAGCUGCGCGCACAUGAGCUGAAGCACGAACGAGGUCAGGAGAACAUCUGCGUGGAAUGCGGACUGGACUUCCCGACACUGGCGCAGCUGAAACGGCACCUGACAGCGCACCGCGGGCCAGUCCAGUACGACUGCAGUGAGUGUGGGAAGAGCUUCCAGUAUCCGAGCCAGCUGCAGAAUCACAUGAUGAAACACAAGGACAUUCGGCCGUUCAUCUGCAGUGAGUGCGGGAUGGAGUUUGUCCAAUCACAUCAUCUCAAACAGCACACACUGACACACAAGGGGGUGAAGGAGCACAAGUGUCGUAUCUGUGGCCGUGAGUUCACGCUGCUCGCCAACAUGAAACGCCACGUUCUGAUUCACACCAACAUCCGGGCGUAUCAGUGUCACCUGUGUUACAAGAGCUUCAUCCAGAAACAAACACUCAAGGCUCAUAUGAUCGUCCAUUCGGAAAUCAAACCCUACAAAUGCAAGCUGUGUGGAAAGCAGUUUAACAGAAUGCAUAAUCUCAUGGGCCACAUGCACAUGCAUUCUGACAGCAAACCCUUCAAAUGUCUUUACUGCACCAGCAAGUUCACUCUGAAGGGGAAUCUGACCCGCCACAUGAAGGUCAAACACGGGAUCAUGGAUCAAGGACUGGAUGCUCGGGUGUUCAGACGUUGCGGGCGAUUGUGUCUCUCGGGCCCGCUGCGGAUUCUGUCCCGCAUCCGUCAGGAAGAGCCCUUCGAUCUGUCGCAGAAGGCCCAGGGGCAGCUUCGCCUCUCACAGUCGGACGGUGAGAGCGUCCGCGGUGGGAGCUCCAGUCGAGAGGAAGACGAGGACAGUCUGUACAGAAUGAGCCAGUACAGUCCUGAUAUCUACAACCCAGCGCUGGAGGCCAGACAGGCCGAUGAUGAAGAUGAUGGGGAGGACGAGGAGGCCCAUGAUGAGAAGAAAUGUUAUGAUGACCAAGAGGAGCUCCAGAGCAGAAGUUACUGUGAGAGUCAACAGAGCUCCGUCUCUGAUGCAGAACUCGAUGCACACUGACAAACACACUGUAAAUGACCAUGUUUAUAGGGACAGUUCACCCAAAAAUUAAGAUUCCGUCAUCAUUUACUCACCCUCAUGCCAUCCCAGAUGUGUGUGACUUUCUGUCUUCACCAGAACACAAAUGAAGAUUUUUAGAAGAAUAUCUCAGCUCUGUUGGUCCAUACAAUGCAAGUUUUUAAUUUGUUUUAUUUACAGUAUACCUUUAUUUACCAGGUUAGUCUCUUAAGACUGUGUACCUCUUUUACGAGAGAGUCCUGGCCAAAAUGGCAGCAUAAAACAUUGUAACAAUAAACAUGAAAUACACAAGUAAAAACAAGUAUACAAAAUUUGGUAAAUAAAAUAAAAUUAAGAUUAGGCUAAUUAUACAUGAAAACAUUGACACUCGCCGAAGUUGCUGUCUAAAAAGUCUCCGAAUCCUAAAUACAUUUAAAAGCACUAGCGUUUGUUAGCUUUGUUGAAGAACAUUCCAAGAUAAAGGAGCAACAAAUGAAAAAGCUUUCUUUCCAAACUCAGUCCUCAUCUUAGGGACUAGGGCACAUAACAUUUCAUCAGAACGUAGGCUAUAGUAAGAGUUUGUAUGAAUAUUAACAUGUGUUACAAGAUAUGUGGGCAACAAACCUAUUAGUGAUUUAUAAAUGAAGGUGUACCAGUGAAAGACCCCAUGCACAAACAUAGAAGGCCAUUUAACAUUUGCAUACAAGAUACAAUGAUGAGUUAAACCUCCACAUCCAGUAAUACAUUUUAACACACCAUGGUAAACUGCAUCAAGCUUCUGCAAUGAAGAAACACUAGCAUUCCUAUAUAAAAUAUCGGCAUAAUUAAGAAGAGUGAAUGGUGGCCAGAAAGCUUAAAAAAAGCACAUAAAGGCAGCAUAAAAGUAAUCA